AACCUCCUAGGACCUGGCGUCCACAUGUGUGGACUUCACAUUUUGGGUUGUCUAGACCACAACAAUAAAUCUUUCUCUACAAGGGUCUGGUGUCCUCUUAUGAAGCAAUUAUACUGUCACCUAGUGGUGGCAGAAGAGUUUAACACCUUAGAGUUUCGAUUCAAGAUGGCUGACAACACACCCAGAAGUUCAGAUGGGAACUCCCGAUACAAACAUCGACCAGAGCGGUAUUCUCUGUCACAAGCACUGGAGUUACUGGAGUUAAUGGGUGAUGACAACUCAGAGGUGGAAGAUUUGUCCGACAUCGACGAUCUCGUGGGGGAUACUGACUAUCAACCCCCACAACAGGUGCCAAGCAGCAGUGAGGAGGACAGUAGUGGGUGUGAGGACCCCAUUCCACAACCCUCUCAGCCUACCAGGGGACGUAAACGUCACUGUGAUGAAUAUGAAGGAUAUCGCUCUGAUCGUGACAUUGCCAGAUCACGGCCUUCUAGACGUCACUCUCGGACACAGCAAGAUGCUGCUGAUGUCUCAGACAAUGUCCCUGAAGAGACAACACCAGGACCAAGCCAUAGAAAAUGUUUGUUUUUUUCUUUGUUAUUUCUUCAUGUUGAAGCAGCACUUAAAAUGAUCCAUAUUGCUCAGAGGGGCACAAUCGUUGUUUCUACUUUUGUUUUGCACUCAGGCAAAAAAUGCUGCUGUGUUCAGGCUCAAAAUAAAUGUUUUGCACAUCAUUACUAAUUGUGAUUUCAUUGUGUUUUAUCGAAAUAUAAAACUAAAGUCCUCAUAUGUGGACAUCAUUUUUCUAAGAAACUACAUCAUGUAAAAAGAU